AUUGACAUCCUGAUCAAAGAUGCAAUUGGCAGGCAACACCAGUGUGCCACGAUCCAGUUAGACUUCCAGCUGCCCAUCAGAUUUGACCUUCAGUAUGUCGGUACGGACGGACAGUUGCACAUUCCGGUGAUGAUCCACAGAGCAGUGCUGGGAUCUCUGGAGAGGAUGAUCGCUAUACUGGCUGAAAACUUUGGAGGGAGAUGGCCCCUGUGGUUGUCCCCAGCGCAGGUUAUGGUGAUUCCUGUAGGGGGCAACAGUGAGUCGUACAGCAAACAGGUGGUCCGGCAGCUCCGUGAAGCUGGCUUCAUGGCUGACCUCAAUGACGAUCAGGGAGCCACCUUAAACAAGAAGAUCCGCUCUGCUCAGCUGGCCCAGUACAACUACAUAUUUGUGUUGGGGGAUAAGGAGAGUGAGAGUGGGACAGUGAAUGUGAGGAGCAGGGGCGGUAAGCAGCUCGGGAGGAGGCCGACAGAGGACGUGCUGACAGCCCUCACACAGCUACGAGACUCCCGGAGCAACCUAGAAGACUUUUGAGGAAAACACCCUUUCAAUAAGAUGUCACUGAUGAAAUAAAUGUUUGUUUUACAUGUUCAAGCUGUUGCUGUUAUACAUUGGCUCUAUCUGAGGAGUCGGCUGCCAACAUUUGUAAUAAAAGUUUAUAAAAGCUUU